AUGGAACCAAAUAAUUCACGAGAGCCAAAUAUUCAAAAACUCUUUCAAAGUUUACUCAAUUCAAAGGAAUGUCAAAUUUGGACAAAACAAGAAAUCUUAAAUAUUUGCAAUUACUCUGAUGAAAAAAAUUUUAAAUUACAAACAUACCUAGAUCAGUUGGUUAAAGAUGGUUUGAUUUAUUCAAUGACAACUUUUACUGAUAAUAAAAGUUCUGAAAUUUCAAUAUAUUGGAUAAAAAAUCAACUUCUAAAUAAAACACUUUUGUCCAAUCAAAAGGAUCAAACUCUCAAUCAUUUUCCAGACGAAACUGCAAUGUUAAUAUCUUUGCAUUCUUUUGAUGAAACGAAAUAUAAAAAAUCAUGGAAUGAUUUUAUUGACAAUGUUCAAAAAAUCAAUCUGCUCAAUCAUUUUCCAGACGAAACUGCAAUGUUAAUAUCUUUGCAUUCUUUUGAUGAAACGAAAUAUAAAAAAUCAUGGAAUGAUUUUAUUGACAAUGUUCAAAAAAUCAAUCUGGUAAUAGAUGAUAUGGCAAAUCUUACUAAUUCAUCAUCAUAUAACACAAGUUAUUAUAUAGAAAAUACAAAUAAUGAAAAGUUGAUAGAAUCAUUGCAAUCAAUUAAAAAUGUUAUAAUGAAUGGGUGUAUUUGGGCUAGGUCAAAUAAUCUUCAAUAUAAUGAUAAAUUGAAUAUAGUAUACAAAGGAAUUUUAUUUGCCUUAGAUACAUCAUUGGGAAAGUCUUCUGUGAAAUUAUUUGAAACUGGCUUAUCAUUAUUUGUGAAAUUAUGUAAAUGUGGAGAAGAUCUAAUUAUUCCAUCAAUGAUUGAAAAGUGUUUAAAUACUUUUGUACCACUUUUAAGAGAAAAUUAUGUUUCACUGACCUUGAAGACAUACAUUCUACAACAAAUAAUAAUAUGUAUGAUAGAACCUCAAGUUGUUGAGAAACUUCUUGGAUGGAAUGAUCCUAAUGAUUUGAAAAACAAUACUCAUGCAUUAUAUCAAAAACACAUAUUAUCAUUUCUGUUGAUUAGUAAAAAAAUGCCAUAUCAAAUAAUACAUUUGUUGAACACUAUUAUAUGUAAGGUGGCUGUAUAUCAAUGUUGUAAAGAGACUAGGAUGAUGGCAAAUAAAGAAAAAAUACAGUUAUUAUCAAGUCAAAAAUCUGAAAAUCAAAAACCUUCAGAUAGUAAUAAUGUUAAUAACAAUGUUAAAGAUGAGCAACAUCAACAAAAGGAAAUUGACAAUUUGAUUCAAAGACUUAUUGAGUCUUUGCGUAUUAUAACUAAUC